UCGUUCGCUUUCGUUAGCUGAGAUUUUCGGCAUCUCGACAUUCAGUAUUGAGCUUUGGUCGAAAGCAGAUGUAUGUUCAUACACCAUUGGUGUGUUUGUUUUGAAUAUUUUUGGCCAGGAAAAUCAACCCAAAAAACUUGGUCGCUUUUUAAAAAAAAUCUGUCAUUUUUUUUUGCUUUGCUUUGUAGCACACACAACUCAUUCAGUGAAUUUAGUUCUGGAGUAUAUCUUGUAAAUCACCACCAAACCGGUCAUCAUAUGUCUUACGAAUGAAAAUCGAUCGAUUCUUGAAGAAGAAGAAAAAAAUUCGGCUUGUCAUCUUUUAUCCAACAGUUUCAACAUCCGAUCGUCUCCAAAGUGUCUUUUUCAGCUGUGUGUUUUCUUAGUUUCAGUUUUGUUUAUUUGUUUAAUUUUGUGCUCUGGAUUUUGUGAAAGUUUUUCAUCAGGCAAGCCAUCAUCCCUUGAUGACUGUCACCCACAAUUUUCAGUCAAUGAUUUUGUUUCAAAAAAAAAUUCUCACCACACAACCAAAGACUGAAAACCGUUUUGAAUUAAUUUUUUUGAGAACGGCAUCGUGUGCUCUCUACUCGAAAUUUUUUUAAUAAUUAAAAAACAACCCAUUAUUAUAUAGAAUGGCCACCAACUUGCCUUCAUCAUCAUCAUCAACGAUGUGUUUGUCGACAAUCAUCCUGUUGAUCAUUAUUAUCAAUGAGGCGUCGGCUUGUUAUUUUCCCAUCGAAUAUCAGGGAACAUUCCUGAUACAAACACAAGGAUUAGUUGCGUUUGCACCACAAAUCGAUCAUUCCCAAACCAAUGCCAAUCAAUCAUCGGUUACAUAUUCUGAAGUGAUGAUUGAAGCUGAUGCUAUACAACCAUGGGGCCGUUGUCACAAACGUCGUGGUAAUAAUGUCAUACUAAAGGAUAGUACAGGCGCCGGACAAGAUUGUCUACGAUGUUUUCACUUAUCGAUGAAAACACCGAAUGUUAUAUCGUUACACACCGAUGGCCUUGAACGAUGUUAUACGAAUGAAGAAGCAGCCCGUGCUACAUGUCCAUUGGAUAAAGAUAUUGGCCAACAGAAACGUAAAUUCAAAGAGAUCAUCCUAUUCCGUAAACAUGUUCCCGGUGGUUUACAAUCGAUCGAACACGUAUUCUGUCCAUUCAAUGGCCGUUUUCGUUUCUCAUACAUUGGCAACAAUGGUGGUAGUUCCACUUCACAACAACAACAAAUGCGUUGCGAUUUUGGCUAUUCCGAAAUGUCAAAUUGUCCACAUGGUAAUGCAUUGAAUGUUAAAUUUCGUAAAUGUUCCUUCCAAACGAUGGACAUUCACUUUUUAUGCUUGGGUGAUUGGCCAACUACUACCACUACUAACUCUAACGAACGUUACCUAGCCUUGAUGGAUUUACGUGAAGCACCGGAAGCUAAUCGUCCAAAAUAUCGUUGUGGGCUUUACAAAGAAGACCAUCUAACCGGACAAAUAACCGUAUCAUUAUCAUCGGAUUCAACGUGUACAACACAAUUGUCCAAUUCAUCGGUCGGAUAUGAAUCAUUGAUCUUGUCACCGUUACCAAAUAAACGUAUACCACCAAUGGUUGAAGCAUCGAAAUGUCGUUUUCCAGAUUGGAUGCAAGGACGUUGGCAACGAACCAAAGUGGAUAAUCAACAAUUCAUCUAUAAGGAUGCUCAAAAUCAAUUUCGCACGAUACGUUCACGUUGUAUACAACGCCAAAGUGAUCUUGCUAAUGAUCGUUUUAUCGUGCAUUCCAUAACUCAAUGUGGUGAACAAUCAUUCAGCUGUCUAUGGGUAAAACGUCGUUCGCCAAACAUUAUGGAAUUUAGAUUCUCCGACAAGAGCAGUUCGAUAAUGAAUGAUAAAUUAUGCGAUGAACGUAAUUUUGCCACAAAUCAAUGGAUCACUGAAGGAAAGGAAAAGAUUGUUGCCCAAUCUACACCAUGUCCAAUAACGGGUGAUUAUACUGGUGAAGUACCGGGCGCCAGUGGUCUUUGUGCAAAAGUAGCAUCAGAUUGUAAUAAUCCGGAUAUUAUGUUCUACAGUGUGAGCAGUUGUGAGAAUCGUUCACAUGUUUAUGAAGAACGUGAAUAUCGAUGUCUAGGAAAUUGGGAAGAAGAUGGUGUACUGUAUACAUUCACCCAACGAAGAGAUAUGCCGGGUCAUCAAUGUUUCGCUGGUAAAGUAUAUCGAAAUGGUGAUGAAGCAUAUAUCAAAGAAGCUGGAGAAGAUAGUUGUUUGAGAGGCGAAGAUGAGGAUCCAAUUAUCUUUGGCAUGAAAAUCACUAAACAAGCAUCAUGUCCACGGCACAUUCUACCGAAACCAAUCAUUCCGGCAUCAAUAUUACCUCAUCCACCAUCAUUGUCACUGCCUCCCAGUAUACAACAUCAUCACCAACAACAACAUCAUCAUCAUUCAGCAUCACCAUCGGAUGUCGGUAACACACAACAACAUGCAUCUGGCCAUAAGUCACAAUCGAUUGGUAUCGCUAUUCAAUCGUCGUCACAACCACAAUCGCCGAUCAAUAAAUUCAGUUAUCCACCUAUUAUUAAACCAUUGAUGCCAACGUUACCACCUGCACCAUCAUUACCAGCAGUUAUACUUGGUCAUCAUCCUUCAUUCAAACCGAUUCAUGUUGACCAUCAUAAUCAUCCCCAUCAUCGUACCAACAAUAAUAAUGGUGAUGAUAAUGUGUAUUCACCACCACCGCCUCCAUUCUGGCAAUAUGAUUCCACUGAAUUACAAAAUCAUCAUCCAUCAUCGGCAAGCAAAACCCAUUAUAGACCAAUCGUUGAAAGUGGUAAUAACCACCUCAAUAAUAAUAAUAAUAAUAAUAAUCGCCAUUCACAUCGAGAAAUCAGCUCAUCAUCCACAUCGAUACUAGCCACUAGUAGUUGGACAUUCUGGAAUAUUAUGCUCAUAUCGACCAUCGUGAUCCAAAUUAUUAUCAAUCCAAUCGUUGUUCAUUAACAUUUAUAUAUUCAAUCAAAAAAAAAACGAUCACGACUAGUCACACAACCGCCAGCCAGUUUGUCCAUCUAUCAAACCCGUGUUCAUCUUAUCGUAUGAUUGACCGACAAAUUUAAAUCAAACACUCUGUAAAUAACUCAAUGUUUCAAAAGACAUACACACAUACAAUUCUCUGUGAUCAUUACCCAAUCUUAUAUCAUUUGUUGUUUUGCCAGAAUUGUCUCAUUACAUACACACUCACACAGACACACACUCUGUUUACAUUGUAUGAAUGAAUGAAUGUUGCCAAUUGGAUUCUUUUUUUCUCAUUCACUGUUCUUGUUCAUUUUGUGUUUAUCAAUUCGCUAAUGUAUAUUUAUUGAUUAUAUUUUAAACAAGGCUUAUGUUAUUGACAACUUGUCGAUUGCUUCAUUGUUUCCUAGCGUUAUAAAUGGCGGAAUAUUUUGGCAAAUACAAAGUAUCCAUACCUUCUU